AUGAAGGAAUCAAACGAACUAGAACUGGAAUGUCAACAAGCGAUCGAAAAGGCACAGGCUGUUCUGAUCUCAGGAUGUUUUGAAAGCAACGCUACAGUCAGUCAAGACAAUGAUAAUGACGAGGUAACUAAUGGUACCAGUUCUACUGGGAGUAAUUUGAUGAACGAAGGACAGGCACAACCCACUGUGGCCAGUAACACUGAGCAACAAGCAGUGCAAGGCGCAAUCGAUCAAGGCGCAAUAGGAACUAGUAUGAUACAGCAAACAAUGGAGCAGAAUCAAUCAAGUUCAUCAAGUCCAACACAUACACCAUCGUACACGGGAGGUUCAGUUCUAAACCACCAUUUAAAACCACUAAGAGUACCUGAUUACAAUGGAAAUAAAGCAAAGUUUGAAGAAUUUUGGAGCCUAUUUGAAAGUUUAGUCGACAAAUCGAACGAGCCAGUGCAUCUAAAGAUGGCAAGAUUGCGACAGAGUUUGUCUGGUCGAGCUUUGGAAGCGAUUCGUGGUUUAGGAGUAUCAGCACUCGAGUAUGAUGAAGCGAAAGAAAUUAUUCGGUCGAAAUUUGGUGGGCAGCGACGACAAUUGAGAGGUUACAUGGAUGAACUGGAGAAUAUGCCGACUAUGCGUAACAAUGAUGUUAAUGCCUUUGAAAAGUUUGCUGACCUAGUUAGGGUAACAGUUGCGAAAUUGAAAGCUGAGAAUCGAGAAUCAGAGCUAGGAGAAGGAACUUUGCAUCGACAGCUUGUGAAGAAAUUAUCGGAUCGACAGUUGGAAAGUUAUAGUCGAUGGUUAGGCACUCACAGCAAGGAACAGUCUGCUAUAUGUUUGUGUGACUGGUUGAAGGAAGAGGUGACUAUUAAUGUGGAAGCUGCAGAAAUGGCGUAUGGUCUGGAGCAGAAAUAUGCUGAGUCAAAGGGAUACCAGAACAAGGGUGAAAAGCCUAGAUUUCGGUCAUACCGUACUGGAAAGCAGGGAAGCUAUGAGUCAUACCAACCAAAUAUGUCGGGAAACGCAGUGGAUGCAAAGCCGCCUUGUGAAUUUUGUGGUCGUACUGGGCAUGGCAUCUGGAGUUGCCACCAGUUUCAACAAAGACCAGUCUUAGACCGGUGGAAAGCUGCUAAAGAGAAACAGUUAUGUUUUCGGUGCCUUGCCACUGACCACCAUGGUAAAGAUUGUCGAAGGUCACGCCAGUGCAACAUAGGUGGGUGUCAACUUACACAUCAUCGAUUGCUUCAAGACCCAGAACACAAAAGCAACAAACCAGACCUUCCAGAGGAGAAGGUCGAGUUCAAAUCCCCACGGGAGGGGGUAAUGGAUGAAGCGAGAGUGGUUACCACGACAACUGGUGAAUCUAACCAUAAAGUACAGAUACAUUCUCUGAGAACAAUCCCUGUGUGGAUAAAAGCAAAUGGAAAGAGAAUUAAGGUAAACGCAGUACUUGAUGAUGCUUCGAACGAAACCUUCCUAAACGAAGAAGUUGCCGGAUUUCUUGGGUUAAGUGGUAAAUGGCAAGAUGUGCAAGUCCAUGUGUUGAAUGAUGCAGUGGAGACCUUUAAAUCCAUACCUUUGCAAGUCGAGAUUGAGAGUACAGAUCGUCAGUUUUCGAAAGAAAUUAAUGUUUAUAACUUGCCCACAUGA